AGCCCUUUUGGCUUAAGCUGAAGUCUUUUUUCACACCAUGGCGCGUGACUACUAUGCCUUGCUAGGCAUCUCCCGGUCUGCAACCACCCGAGAAAUCCUCACGGGAUACCAAUGGGCUGCUGCCAAAUGGCACCCUCAGAAGAAUCCGGGGGCGAAGGUGGAAGCGCAAUCGCGCUUUCAUGACAUCGCUGAAGCCUUCGAUGUCCUCAUAGAUCCUUUGCGCCGGCAGCGGUAUGAUGCCUAUGGAGAAGUGGGCUUGAAGAACCCGCCACUCGGGCUUGACUUCGAUCCUUACCAGUACGUGGGCGAUCCUUUCGAGCUGUUCAACAAGUUCUUUUCGUCGGCCGACCCGCUGAGCGUGGCGUACGAGCCCGAGCUCGAAAGCCUCCCGGUGAUCCCAUCCGCAAAGGAGACGGCCAUCGAGCUGGAGAUCGAAUGCUCUCUGGGCGAGCUCAAAGAGGGCAGCAGCCGCUGCGUGGUGGUGGAGAGGACCCGACUGGGCCCCGGCUUUGUGCCCUACAAGGAGAAGAAGCCGGUGCCCCUGCCCAUCAGACCUGGAUGGCAGGACGGAAUGAGGAUCAUCUUCAAGGGAGAAGGCAAUCACAGCGACAAGAACAAUACGCCAGGUGACCUGGCGGUUCUCAUCAAACAGAAGGACGGCAGAGUGAGUUUCUAGGAUUUCGUGAACUUGCUGAAAUGAAUGCCGAAUUCAUGUUUCACACUCCUGCUGAGCACUAUGACGCCUCCCAUUGUGGAAUCUCGUCCAAAUGAAUCGU